UCCAAAUACCGAGGAUUUCAGUCAGACGAAAUGGAUUUGAAUCCACUCAUCCCAAAUGCUACCGCAUCUCACGAUGUAGCCCACAUUCUCAGUGAAUCCUUCGAAUCUACCAUAAAAAGUUGCAUUGUUCCCAAUGAUAUUUCUGAGAACUUGAGGAAAAACAAUGUGGAUCCUGACUACUCAUUGUUUCAACAGUAUAGCUACGAAGUGAAACAGUUUGCUGAUGCUGCAAAUGAAGACCAUGCCGCCUUGCAGUCCGUAGAGUUGGAUAUUAUGAAAAAACAAGGCGGCGACAUGAUACUCGAGAAAAAUAUAGAAGAGGAUGUUCGAUUGAAGGAAGAGUUCUUGCUGAAAAGAGACGGCUUCUUCACCAGUUAUCCGUUCAACACAAAAAAUUUGAAUUUAAUUGAUAAGUGCGACAUACUGCCCCACACUGUCGAACAAUCACUAGAAUUCGUUUAUAAGAAAGAUCUUCACGGAUGCAAAUACAAUCACACCGAAAAAACCACCAGGAAUAAAUUCGAAGAACAACCAAGGAACUUCUCAAGGCUUGAAUUCAAUGCGUGCCCUAUCAAAAUAACACAGAAAGAGGAAGAUGUUGAUGAACCGAUCAGGUUAGAGCCGAACGAAAUAUUGUUCGAAGAUUUCGAGCUCCACACGCUAUACAAGAAAAAAGUCAGACUGCAGAACCGCUCCCAACGCAAGAGACCAUUCUUCUUCCAACACCCCAAGGGCACUCCCUUCUCGAUAAAAACCCUCUCCAACGCUCAAUUCUUGGCGCCAGGGAUGUACAUCGACUUCCAAGUCGCCUACCGCACUGACAUAUACCACAACUAUAGCACUGAAAUAGAAUUCUCGACGUCCGGAGGUUAUAGGACCGUCCUGAAGGUAACAAGCUUCAGGAGACCUCCUCACUUGAGGGUCUACAUCUUCAGGCCCAUGAAGCACAUCCUCCACGACAACUGUCCGGGUACCUCGGAGUUCUGGGAUAGGAGAUGCACAGCUCUGAACGACACGAUCGAUUGUGGCCACUGUUUCAUCGGCAACUACAAUUAUUUAUCGCUCUUGGUGGGGAAUGUUGGAAACAGAGGGCAGUUCUUCUUGUUAACAGAGGAUGAAUGGAUUUCUGGAAGCGUAAGUCACGUCGAUGAAACGAUGCAAUUCACCAAAGACUGCUUCAAGAUAUUCCCAAGUUACAUCAUGGUAGAAAGAGACGAAGUGGCGGAGAUUUGCGUGACUUUUACGCCCAUCAAUCCUGGGUUACACGUCGAAAAACUGUAUUUGGUGUCGGACAAUAACACGUCCAAAGCCGUGGAAAUAAUCGGAGAUGGUUUGUAUUUUUCCAAGAGCAUGGUACAGAUCCAUUUGAAGUCUAGGCAGUUCGAGAACGUGGCUAAGAUUGGCGAGAUGGAAGAUCUGGACGAGGAACUGCCAGAGAAACGUUGCUUUUAUCUGGGACACAUCCAGAAUUUUUCGUCGAACGCACUCACAUUUACGGUUAAUAAUAGAAGUGCCAUGAAGCUGAGCUUUCACUGGUUUUUCCGGCAAAACGAGAACGACCACAACCUGAUGUAUUUGGAGCUGGACUGGAUCAAUAUGAAAAACGCGAAGCAGAAUUUCUUGGCGCCGUAUACGACACACGAGUUCGACGUAAACAUCAGACCUCAAGCAGAUCGGCCAGGUCACUAUGGGAUCAUCAUGGGACUUUGCAUCGAAAAGAUACCGGAAAAUUCUUUGACGGAGGGUGAGGAGUUUAUAGUACGUAAGGAAGAGGAAUUCGAUGGUAUAAAGUUUCUAGAUAUACAGUUGACUGAAAUGGACAUUGCAUGUGAGAUCUACGAUGAACCUGUUGCGGAAAAACCCGAGAGGCCCCAAUCGAAAAUAUGCGACUGCCCCCAGCCAGCGGACCAUACCGAGUCAAAGAUAAGGUUUUCCACUCCGAUGAUGGACUUGGGUGUGAUCCCCAUCGGACUGGAGUUGGAGAAAAAAAUAAGCAUUCAAAAAACGACGACAGACUACGUCAACUGGGUGAUCAGGGAAAUAAUUUAUGAUAUCGACGCCAGACCGUCCAUGUACGUCGCUAGGAGUUCUUCCAUCGACGAAUCCGAAGGUACUCUGAGGGAUCGAGAGCGAAGGUUGAAGUAUCGAGUCGAUGCCAAGAAACCGGUUCGCUGGGUCUCCAUGCUGCUCCUGUUCACGUCGAAACCAGAAAAAGACCUUAAACUGAACUCCAUGUGCAUGGUAACCUACGAAGUGGUCGAAUGGGACAUUCGGAUCUACUCGGACGUAUCUCGCUUUCCCAUCGUGUGCUCCCUGAAACUGCACUACGUGGGCAUAGAAUACAAGUGGCAUUUUUUCAUCAGGAACUUCACGCCGAUCCUGGGUUGCUUCUGGUUGCUGCCGCCAGUCGGCGAGGGGGCGCACAAGAUGGAACUCAGUUUCCACCCGAAGUUCGGCGUGAUACGCCCCGGGGAGAAGAUCAAGGUGGUGGUGAGGGUGGUGCCGAAGGAGACCGGGUUGAUAGAUAACAUCUUCGUGCCCUGUUUCGUCAGCAGGCACAGACCGCCGAUCAUGAUUAGGAUUCUGGGAGCCAUCGACGACGUGAACGUGUAUUUCUAUAUACCGAGCCAGGCCGAGGGUUUCGACAAGAUACUCUGGCCGCCCAAGGUUCUGAACGAGGUGGAUUUUCAACAGAUGAAAUCUACCGAACGACUGUGGAGCGCAGAGGAGUGCGAUUACGUUUAUGACUGUAAGAAUGACGAAAAAUUGGAAAACACAGAUCCGGACUUCAACCCCGGCUUCCCCUCGGAUUGCUCAGAUCUAAUGCAAUCCUGUAAAAACGCUGAUUUCACCACUUUCACUCACGACAGCUCCAACUCGUACAUAGUUUCACUGACGGAAUUCCUGAAAGAUCGUUGUAAGGGCGACUUUCUGAAGCAGGAUUAUGUGGUCGAGGUGAGAGACAUGCGCUUGAAGAAACCGCAAAAGUUUUCAUUCUACAUAGAAAACGUGACGCCGAUUGAUGCUGAUUUUCUCAUAGAAACUACCAAUUUCCUGCCCUGUAUCGACACAGAAACUAAUAUGGUUAAUGCUAUCACUAUGAUUUAUCCGGAAACUGUGUACUCAUUGUGGGAUAAAGCUUGUGCCCAACAUGGAAUAGUCGUAAUUUUAGACGUUGAAAAAGGCACGUUGUGCUGUGGUGACGUCAUACAGAUAAACGUUUGGAUUUAUGCGACAACGUGGGGAAUAUACACCGAAGAAAUCGUCGUCAAUAUCAAUAACAUAGCCCCGUUUUGUUUCAACGUUUUCGUCGAAGUCAAUGGAUCACCUGUGGAAUUUCCGAUUGCCAAGAACACCAUCAGGAGUUAUGCAACAUUGAGGUUCGGACACAUCCCAUACAUGACUGACGUUGUGUCGCGGACCCUCCACAUGAAAAACACCUCCUGCAUACCCUUGAACAUUCAGUGGUUCUUGUUUGAGGCUUCCGAAGAAGUAGACGACGCUAGGCACUUCAACGUCAUCCUCGACAUGCUCGACAAAAGUUUCAGAACGUCGGAGGAAAAGAUGCGUUUGUUCCUGUCGAAAAAGAACUACGGAAAACAGGAUAUCAGCUUUAUGCAGGUAUUUCCAAGUUUCAUCGAUCUAGAACCUGAGGAAACUUCUUCUGUGGAGAUUACCAUGAAUCCCAAGCACUUUCCAGUGGAUUUGAAAGACACGAAUAUGUCUUGUUACUUAAUAGGAUACGUAUUCGUAAAAGAAGAGCACAAGAAUCGUCCAAACCUGUAUUACAGAAGAUCAGCCGAAGAUCUCAAGCCCUUAAGCGUCGAGCUCCUAGCCACGGUUGCGAUGCCGCUGCUGAAGCUGGACAUGAUUUGCGGAAAUUCGAAAUGUCACUUGUACGCUACCGACGUAGUCGAGGGCAAGAAUGACGCUAAAAAACUGAAAAUGUCGUUCCAGAACAGCAAUCUGACAACAGUGUUCGUCACCUUCCACGUCGAAACGCCGUUCUCGAUCAUUCACAUUUCGAUGAGGGAUUACGAUUUUGUAAAUGGCGUUAACAAUGCUGUCGUCAAGCCUGGCGAUACUUUAGAAGUUGAGCUCGAAUGUUCUAUUGCGUCGAGUUUCAUAGAGGAAAUGGCUAAUUGGGUGUAUAACAAAAUACCACCAGAGAGGGAAAAAGUUUGCUUGGAGACUAAAGCUGUUACUUUGUGCAGACAUUUAAAUAUUCAUCAACGUGGUGUAUUGGAACAGUCAGUGCCAAUAUUGUGCGAUAUAUACUAUCCAAAAAUUGAAGUCAGUCCGCCCUUUUUGAAAUUUGAUCACGUAAAAAUUGGAAACACGAAAAAACUUUAUCUUCAUCUUUUCAAUGCGACGAAAGUUGAUAUCGCCUUCGACAUUGAGCAAUCCAUGAAUUUGCCGCAAUUCGAUGUGAAACCGAAAAGUGGGAUAAUUCCAAAGGCAGUUGGUCUUUCCCGAUCGUUUUUCGAUAUAUGUGUAUACUUCACACCUACGUUAUACAAUUUCGAUCAGGAAUCGAUUACCAUCAGAACGAUAAUACCCCAAUGUUACUUGGAGGUACCGAUGAACGGUUAUGGUAUACAAAAUGAGAAAUUCGCAGUGAAUCAUUUCGAAUUUCAGCCCUGAAUGCAUUAUGAUCCCCGUCGUAGUUGGGAUAUAUUCGCGAAGUUGUAAUGCAUGUUAUAUCGAUGUGAAAAUGAAUAAACCAUGAAAAUGGUAUUGA